GAAUCUCACACUGGGUCAAUGAUGGCACGGAGUCAAGAAACUGGCGCUUGAUCUCGGCUUGGCCGUGGACGCCUCCAAUGUCUGGCAGCCUCAGCUCCAGCGCUUUCAGCGCCUUCGCCUGGCUGUGGCAGCUCUUUGCCCGGCCUCAGGUUCAGGAGCGCUUGAAGGCUGACAAGGCUCUCGAGGAGAAUGCGCUGCUGGUGGCCGAGAACAGGCACCUGGAGCAGCGGUGCCGCGUGCUCGAGGAGAAUGCGCUGCUGGUGGCCCAGAACAGGCGCUUGGAGCAGCGAUGCCGCGAGCUCGAGGAGGACCUCCGGUUUUACUCUGAUUGGUGGCGGGCGAAGGCGAUCCGAAUAUCCUCGCCGUUGACCCGGUGUGAGGAGGUGAUUUGGGAGCCGGCCAGGGAAGGCUUCGCUUGGAAGUGGUACCCCACGUCAUGUCCGUGCUGCCGCCGGCCUUUGGAUGUCACGGUGACCACGCACGACGACGUGCACCCGUGGGACGACUGGGACACGAGGACCGGGCGCGGGCACGCCUAUGUGUGCGUGAUGUGGGGAACCCACGCCGGCUACGCCCUGGGUGCGGCAGUGCUUGGCGCCCGCUUGCAGGAGCUGCAAGCUGAGUCAGGCCACCGUGCUGACUUGGUGCUCAUGCAUACAGAUGAUGUGCCGCAGAACUACCUGGAUGAGCUCGGGAAGACGUGGUCGCUUCGGCGCGUGGACUACAUCGACGGCGUGCCUGGCCUGUACUCCUCCAAGGGUACUCGCUUCGACGGGGUCUUCACCAAGCUCUGCGCGUGGCAGCUGGUCGAGUACGACAAAGUUCUGCUGAUGGACAUCGACACCUUUCCCUUGCAGUCGCUGCACGAACUCUUCGACCUAGACCCGCCCGCCGCCUUUAUCCGCGGCAACUCGGACUUGGCGCAUGGCGAGGAGGUGGAUGGACGCUCCUUCUUCCUUGCCGAAUGGGACGAGAGAAGCUGGGGACAAGCCGGAGGCAUCAAUGCCGGAGUCAUCCUGUUGCGUCCCGAUGAGCUCGUCUACCAGCAGAUGCUGAGUGAGGUCACCUCCGAGGGCCAUCCUUCCCACAUUGCUGGCAACGGCCCGGAGCAAGACUACCUCACGCGGUUUUUCGCCGCAAACUUGAAGCACCCUUGGCGGCAUGUGGAUGUCUCCUACAAUUUCCAGCUGCACCAUGUGCCCUUUGCCAUGGAGAAGUUGCUGGCAUUCCGCUCUCGCUCCGGAGAAGAUGGCGUGAGUGACAGCUGGCUCCCGAGACGGCUUGCCAUCACCGCCGAGGACAUCAAGCUGGUGCAUUUCAGCGGCGAGCUGAAGUACUGGCACUUGCUGUUGAACGCCGACCUGGACACAGAGAACGCGAGUUUCGCGGAGAAGAUGAUGUCGGAGUUUGCAUCCUACGGCGUUUGGGUCAGCGGCACGGAGGAUGCAACACCCUUCGGCGUGGAGCGGUCCGAGGGCCGCCUGCGGCUGACGGCCACAAAGGCGGAUGUCACGGAUCUGGUUGAGCGAUCCUUCCAGCACGUGCGGCGCAUCGCGACCUCGUCCAUUACCGGGUGGCGGUGUUGUGCAGAGCGCCUGCUGACCAGGCAGCCAGGCCUGUUGCACGCGGUGAAGCACCCAACGGUGCCGGCUGGCUGCUUUGCCAUUGGCGCACCGGUGGCAGUGCAGUGGCCCUGGGAAGGUGGAAAUGAGCUGCAAGCACAGGUGGUGGGGGUGCACGAGGAUGGGAGUUACACAGUUCACUACCGCGAUUAUGACCGAGACUGGCUUUCUUGCACGGAGCGGCAAGUUCCGAAGGUUCGCGUGAGUGCCUAGGUGUUCUGUGCCCCUAAGGGGCCACUCAUGUCGAACUGGAAGAAUGCACGCGCGCUGCGGGCGCACCUUGAUCCGGGAGAGGCUGUGGGAGGCCGUGGGAGGCCGUAGCCUCUCCGUGAAUUGGCAGCCGGGCCAAAGACUGCCGCGGCGCCGCUCCUGCAUCUUUUUGGAGCGGCGUGGGGCUCGGGUGGAG